UGCACCUACCCCGACCGUACAUUGAACCUCGAAAUUCUGAGACGGGGGUAUCGGUCAUUCUCCCUUUUUUUUAAGCUCCUCCCAAUAAUACCCGCCUUUGUUCCCCAAAUAUAUUCGACCGCCGUCCACUGGCGGCGUAUUCCGGCGAGGUAGUUAACAUUUCAGAAGUUCUAAACAGGGUUAAUGCAAACGUACACAAAGCGAAGAUUGUGCAUAGCUGUAGAACGGAUUCGGAACUCUACGAUGGAAAACCAAUCAGAAAGCAAGGUUUAUGUACAUUACAACCACACUGAUCCCUGCAAGCAAGCGAGGUGGACUGCGAGGGAGAGUUAUCAAUUCAUGUACCAAAGGCCAUGGCAAUACGUUAACGAUUUCUAUUUGAAUUUGGUGAAGGGGCACUCAUCAUUGCGUGGUUUGUUUGGAACUGAGACAAACCCAUGUGAGGAUCUUGUUCAAAAAUCAAAGUCCCUUGAGGAAGGUAAGUUGGAAAAUGUUUCCACUGAAGAUGGGGCAGGGAGGUGGGCAAGAGUAACUCUUAAAAUAGUUCUGUCAUAUCAUGGGGGCUCCUUUGAUGGGUGGCAGAAGCAGCCAGACCUGAAAACUGUGCAAGGAUUAGUUGAAAGAUGUCUUGGGAGAUUUGUUGAUGAGAAAAAAGCUAAACAGCUUACAGAUAAGUCUUUACCGGUUGAAGGAUGUGCUGCUGUGGCUGGGCGUACUGACAAAGGGGUGACAGCUCUUCAGCAAGUUUGUUCAUUCUAUACAUGGAGAAGAGAUGUUAAAGCUGAAGAGGUUGAGGAUGACAUCAAUAAUGCAGAACCAGGAAAAUUGAGAGUCAUUUCCAUUUCCAAGGUCUCACGUGUAUUUCAUCCUAACUUCUCGGCUAAAUGGAGGCGCUACUUUUAUAUUUUCCCCUUCCUAGAUGAAGAGGAGCAUAACAAUGAGAUGGAGAAGGAUACUGAGAAUUGUAUCUCUGAUAAACAAUAUGGAGAACAUAGGAGUAAUGGGUGUCUUGAGGAUACUGGAGAGGAAAAUGGUGGAUGCUCAACCUUUGAUUACGAGGGUGAACUUGAAAUUGGAGAGAAACCAAGAAAGUUCAGCAUUAGCAGGGUUAACCAGCUUCUACUUCAACUAGAAGGAAAACUAUUAUCCUACAAGGUGUUCGCACGGGACACAAAAGCCUCAAGAAGCACGUACUCUUACUCUUUGCAUUUUUGGCAUGAAAUUUGGCUGACCCUAAAAUUUGGCUUAAGGCCCGAGCCCGAGGUCAAGCCAGACCUUCCCAACCCGAGCCCAGUCUGCACUGUAAACCAACCUGAGGGCUUAGGUUGGGCUUAGGGGAGAAGAGGCUGGUUGGGUUUGGGCUACCUAAGGGCCAGGCACAAGCCUAGCCCAAAAAGUAAAAAAUCCUGACUUCUUGGGCCCGAGCCUAGCCUGAGGACCAAAAAUCCAAGCCCAACUCGUGUAAAAUUUCGGGCAUGGUCGGUUUGGGCUUGAGCUAGGCCCACCCAAGUUGUACCCCUAUCUUGCACAAAAGAAAGGAAAAGGAGAGAGAAAAGGAGUUGAGGAAGAAGAUUCGAACCAAUCUCUUCUCCCCCAUAAAAAAUGCCCAUGUUAAGUGAUUCUUAACAAGGGAAAUACAAGGCUAUACCAAAAGACAAAAAUGUCCCUCAUGGGCAUACAUUUCAACGUUCUCCCUCAAGCUGGUGCAUAUAUAUUAUAAAGCUCCAACUUGUUACAAAUAUAAUCUAUUCUAGUACAACACAAGCUCUUGGUAAACAAUCUCACCAUUUGUCACCUUUUCUCUUACAAAGUGACAAUCAACUUCUAUAUGCUUGGUCCUCUCAUGAAAGAUUGGAUUGGAAGCAAUGAGUAGCAACCUGAUUAUCACAAAACAACUUGACAAGUUCCCCUAUAGGAAUGCCUAUCUCUUGGAGUAGAUGUUUCAACUACAUUAACUCGAGUGGUAUGAACAGUGAUUUAAAAGGCACGCCUCAGGCGUGACUAGGCACACAGGCGAGGCGCA